AUGAGCGGCUGCUCCAAAAGAUGCAAGCUUGGGUUCGUGAAAUUUGCUCGGACCAUCUUUAAGCUCAUCACUGGGACCCUCAGCAAAGACAUCGCCUGGUGGUAUUACCAGUAUCAGAGAGAUAAGAUUGAAGACGAGUUGGAGAUGACCAUGGUUUGCCAUCGGCCUGAGGGACUGGAGCAGCUUGAGGCCCAGACCAACUUCACCAAGAGGGAGCUGCAAGUCCUUUAUCGAGGCUUCAAAAAUGAGUGCCCCAGUGGUAUGGUCAACGAAGAAACAUUCAAGCAGAUCUACGCCCAGUUUUUCCCGCAUGGAGAUGCCAGCACGUAUGCCCAUUACCUCUUCCAUGCCUUCGACACCACGCAGACGGGCUCGGUGAAGUUCGAGGACUUUGUAACUGCUCUGUCGAUUUUACUGAGAGGAACCGUCCAUGAGAAACUAAGGUGGACAUUUAAUUUGUAUGACAUCAAUAAAGAUGGAUACAUAAACAAAGAGGAGAUGAUGGACAUUGUCAAAGCCAUCUAUGACAUGAUGGGGAAAUACACGUAUCCUGUGCUUAAAGAAGAUACUCCAAGGCAGCACGUGGAUGUCUUCUUCCAGAAAAUGGACAAAAAUAAAGAUGGCAUCGUGACUUUAGACGAAUUUCUUGAAUCCUGUCAGGAGGAUGACAACAUCAUGAGGUCCCUCCAGCUGUUCCAAAAUGUCAUGUAACUGUGAACACAGCCAUUCGGCUCUCAGAGACGUUACUAAACAACCAACUUAACACCUUGAUCGGCCC